GUGCCUUAUUCACUUACUUUUUUUCCCCUAAAUUGCAAGAAUCUAUAGUUUUAAGGCCUAAAGAACCAUAUUAUAAGUGACCCUGUAUCUCUGAUCCUUCACCGACUUAAACUAACCUGAUAGGAAUGGAGUUGAGGGAAAAGAUCAGAGAUGAGGAGAUAAAGAGGGGCAGAAACAGCAGCAUAUGAACAGCUGUAGAAGUAAAAAUAAUUGGGUGACUAUAACACCCAAAUGAAAAGGACUAUUCAUAAGAAUUGGAUCAUCAGACACAAGCCAAGGCCAAAAAAACCUACCAGUGUCAAAAGAUGUGUAAUGCUUACUUUUUAGCAAUAAAAUAAAUAUUCCUCAUGAGAAGAUACAAUCCUUCCUCAGCACUGUUCUCAGUGUCCUGAAUGUACAAAGGGAAGGACAAAUUGGGAUAGAAAAAAUGACUUUUGGGUUUGAGUCAUGCCAUGAUCAAAUGGUAGACUGAAGAAAGGUCAUUGUCAAGGUUUUGUCUAUGAACAGCUAUAUGAGUAACUGGGACUGAGGUUAUCUUUUCCUUUGAUAAAGUGAAGAAGCUGAGCUCCAACAUGAAGUCAAAUAACAGCAUUCUUCCUGUAAACAUGUAGUGUCUUGUAAUUUUAACUCCACUCUGUUUUGAAAAAAAGGCUCCUUCCUGUUUGAAGGUCUUUCAAACCCAUGAUCUUAGACCAGACCUGCUUCUAUGAGUUGAAGAUGUCCAUGUCUAUUUAUGCCUACAGGAAUAACCAUGCACACACCCACAAAUGGGCUCACAUGCUCCCAGCUGAAUUGGUGCAUAGACACAUUUUGCAAAAGGACUCUAUAUUGAGCAUGUGCUCUUUUAGGAAUAACUUCACCUCCAGCAUCCUACUGAGAAGUUAGUUUACAUAGUUAUCUUACCAUAUCCUGGGAAGAAAGAAAAAAACUGGUAUUUAAAAAUCAAAAUAGAAGAAACCAAAGAAUGAAGCAGCCUGUCCACUGGUUCUAGAAUCUGUAUUUGGAAAAGAGAUUUUCCUAAGGUGUUUGGGGUUUCUGUUUUUUGGUUUUUUUUGUUUUUUUUUUAUUAUUAUUUUUGGCAGGAACUUUGACUGGCAAGAAGAAUCCCAGCAUCAUCCUAAAAACUUAAAUCCCUAUUUGAAAGCUUGUAUAAAUAUAACAUACAUGAUUAAUUUGCAUUAGUCCUGUUAAAUACUCCUGUAAAUGUAUUAUUAACAAUGAUUAAUUUCAGUUAUUUUAAUUAUUCACUUUUUCAGUUCUCUCAGAUUAACUUACUUCCUUUGUGGGUGUUCUGAAUACCUAAUUGGAUUCUGAGAUGGGGAAUAUGUUCAGAGCUUGUCAGAAAAAUACACAAUCAAUAGCCAAAGAAACUUCUAAAAUGUGUGAUAUUUGAUAACAGUGAUUAAAACAAUAUGAAAGAAGAAUAUGAAAGGUAGAAGGGCUGAACAGGAAUCAACUAUGUCAGUUACUUUUCAACAUGAGAUGCUGCCUUUUUCUUUUUAAAUACAAGAAAAAAGAAUACAUUUUAUUUUAUUUAAUAUGCAGAGAUAAUGUUGUAAUAAGCUUCAACAUAUUCUUAAUAGAACCACCAUCAUGGUGGUAUGUGGGAAAAUUUGGAAUAUUAACUAAUGGAUCUGAUAAUGAGAUAGGCCAUGUGCAGGACCGUGAACUUCCUACCAGGUGCUGCAUCCCUCCUGUGAGAGACAAUCUCCCUCCAUGUGAAUCCAGUGGGAAUGCGAAGCCUGCAGCGCUUUGGAGCAUCAAACGUUUUAGACACCAAACCUGUAAUCAGAAUUGCAGCAAUUAUGUUUCUCUGGGUAUAUCCAUGAUGGCAUCACUCGGGAUAGAGCUUUUGCCGUUAAUAAGUUUCCUGCGUUUCUUAAAUCAGAACGACAUACCUUUUGACACGCUGCGUAGUUACGUCCCCCUGGGAUUGGAGCGAGUUAUUUCCGCGGGUAGACCCGUUGUAAAGAGCCGGAGGAGGAGGCGAGCAUCACCAGGUGGCACUGUUACCUCUGCCACAGGCACCAAUACCGACACCGGGGACUCACCGGCACCUGGUCCGCCCGCCCCAGCAGCACCGUGGGGAAGUGGCUACCGGCCUGCCCAGCGGGGCUAUCGCGUGGGCCCCUGGCCUGCGUUACCGGCAAGCUUUGAGAGCUGGGGAUGCCCGUGGCACGGCGAGUCAAACGCCGGGUUUCUGCACACAAGGCGUGGGGCUGCCCGAACAGCUGCAGCGCUUGGUGUCCACUUUCACCCCUGGCAAGAGGCACUUCCCGAAGGAGCCUUUUCUUGA